AUGAACUCUCAACGGCCGUCAAAGAACCGCAAUUAUUUCUAUAGCAGCUGUUGCUUGCUAGCGGAUCUUUUGGGUCUUCCGAAAGCUGAAAAUCCAAGAGAGACUCUGGUUUCCUCGCACGGCGACCUCGGACGGGUAACCCCCACUCCACCCCAUCACAGACAAGGAUGCAGGCGAAUUGAGGAUGUAGAGGCUGACCAGUCGCCCGCUGCUCGGACUAGGCUGUACGCGUCUCCAAAGCUGCAGAAACUUGCACGGUACCUUGCGAGUGCGAAUACCUAUAUGGAGUUUGGCCGAGGAUGUGGGCACCGUGGCUAUGAAAGUCUAUCUGUUCUCAGGUACUUCAAACUUACGUCCCCUAAGGCCACGUAUUUUGGCAAACUCGCGGUUAGAAAGGGGUUCCUCGCAAGAAGAAUCAUGGGAUUGGUCUCAAUAUCGUCGCAUGCUGGUAGCUGCUGGUCAAUUAUGUGA